GCCAGCAUUGCAUGGGGCAGCUGCUGGACUGGGGCAGCUCGUGCCCCCCAGACCCUCCAGGGCACCCCCAGACCCUCCGGGGCCCCUGGGGUCCCCCUGAGUGUUGGGGUCCAGUGGGGGAGAGCCCCCGGUUCUGCUCACACCCCCCCAAGGGGAGAGCUGACCUGGGGGUGGGGGAGUUACGGGGUGACCCCAAAACUCGGGCCAUAUCCUGCUGCCCCCAUCCCCGGCUGCCCCAGCUUUGUGCCACUGCCCCUCGUCCCUCAGGGGGACCCAGCCCUCGGGGGUCCCCAGCCCUCGGGGGUCCCCAUCCCUCGGGGUUCCCUGUCCCGCGGGGGUCCCCAGCCCUCGGGGGGGCGGCGGGCGCGGGCCGGACCUUCUAACGCGGAUUUUGUCUCUCUCUCCCCUCUCUAACCUUGCUCUGACUUUCUCACCUCUGGGAAACGCCAGGAGCUGGUAAGCGCCCGUCUCCCGGCCGCUGUCACUGUCCUUCAGUCACUGUCACCCGCUGCCACCCACCGCAGCCCCCUAACACUGCCAGCGCUGCUCCCGCCGCUCUCACUCCCCGCAGCAAACCAGGGCUCCCUGGAACGGCCAGGGGCUGCAGGGGCGUCCUUGGGGUCCCCUCGAUGAGCUGGGGACCCCCUCGAUGGCAGCAGGGGGCCAGGGGAGCCCGGACACGCCRGCUGUGCCCACCCUGCCUGGCACAGGGCACGGCCCCUUGGUCUGGAGGGGCUGGGGGCUCCCACUGCCCCCCUGGGUGAAUCACCCCAAAAGGCAGCCAGGGGACAGUGACAGCCCCAGGGGCCAGGGGGUGCCCUGGGGAGGAGGGUGUCGUGCCAAAACGCAGCCGGGGGACAGUGACAGUCCCACAGGAGCGGGGGUCACCCUGGAGGGACCAGCGAUGGGUCCUGGUCCCAGCCAGGGGCUGCUGGAACGUUCCCCAGCUCGGGGUAGGCAGAACCUUGGGGGUCCCUGAGCGGGGCCAGGCCAGGCUGGGGGUCCCACAUCCUGACACAGCCCUUGGGCUGGGCCGGGCUGGACUGGGGUCCAGUGUCACCAAACCAGGGGYCUGAUGUCCCCACUCUGGACCCUUGAGGGUACCUCCCCACUGGGCCAGGCCAGUCUGGGGUCCAAUGUCCCCAGCCUGGAGCCUUGGGGACAUGCCACAUGCCACAUGGCUGCCUGCAGAGCCUUGGCUGGGUGCUGUACUGGGGGUCUGUGCCCGUGUCCUGGGGAGGAUCGGGCCACCACCCCCCGUCCCUGCCCACGCUGUGUGCUGGGGGUGACAGUCUGGGGACCCCCCUGUUCCUGUCCAUGCUGAGGGGUGGUGGCAGUCUGGGGACCUGCCGUGUCCCUGUYGCUGUCCCUGUCCAYRCUGGGAGGUGGAGGCAGUCUGGGAACCCCUCCCYGUYCCUGUCACUGUCCCUGUCCCUGAGGUGGCUCUGUGUGCAGGAGGAGCUGAGCAGCACCAGCGUGGAGCACCUCAUCAUCAACCCCAACGCUGCCUACGAGAAGUUCCGGGACAAGCGCCUGGGCACCGAGGGUGUGGAUUUCUCUGACCGCAUCGGCAGGACACGGACGACAGGUUAUGAGGCUGGAGAGUAUGAGAUGCUGGGUGAGGGUCUGGGUGCCAAGGAGACGCCGCAGCAGCGAUUCCAGCGGUUGCAGCACGAGGUGCAGGAGCUGCUCCGGGACGUGGAGCAGAUCCAGAGCUCGGUGAAGGAGUCGGGGGCGGAGGAGGAGCUGACGCCCAUGGCGCUGGCCAGGCAGGUGGAGGUGCUGAAGCAGCAGCUGCUCAGCUCCCACCUGGAGAAGGUGCUGGGCCCCGGCGCCGCCGUGGACUUCGCUGACCCCGAGGGUGCCCUGGCCAAGCGGCUCCUGCAGCAGCUGGAGGUGGCCAAGUGCAGCAAAGGGACCCCGGGGAAGGGCCCUGCCCGAGCYUCAGCCCCAGCCCCGGCCGGCGACGCCGUCACCUUCGAGCUCUACUGGAGGCCAGAGCAGGACCAGUUUGCCCAGUCUGCCAAGGUGUCGGAGCUGGAGAAGCGUCUGGCGCAGUUGGAGGCGGCCUUGAGGUGUGAGCCCGACAGCCAGAACCCUCUGCUGGUGGGGCUGAAGGGCUCCAGCCUCAUGGACACGGUGCAGGUGCUGCAGGCCAAGGUGAACGUUCUGGACAUGGCUGUGCUGGACCAGGUGGAGGCUCGGCUGCAGAGCGUCCUGGGCAAGGUGAACGAGAUCGCCAAGCACAAGAGCACCGUGCAGGACGCCGACACCCAGAGCAAGAUCCACCAACUGUACGAGACGCUGCAGGGCUGGGACGCUGUGGCCAGCGCCCUGCCGGACGUGGUGGAGCGCCUGGUGACCCUGCGUGAUCUGCACGAGCAAGCCACCCAGUUCGGGCAGGUGCUGGUGCACCUGGACACGACGCAGCAGGAGAUCGCGGGGCGGCUGCCCCAGCGCGGGGCCGGGACACGGACCGAUCACAGCACCGGGGGACGGUGA